AACUAAUACGAAUACAAAACCUAUAAUAGUCUAAAAUUAUUGUUCUUGCACAAUGGAAGAUCUAGAGGAACAAAACUCUCUAAUAGCAAACGAAGUAAUACUAGAUAGAUGCAGCAACUGGGUGGAAUCCCAGAAGAAUUGCAUCUAUAUCAAAGAAGACUUCCAAAAGCCAGAUGAAUUGGAGUAUGAUGAUUGGUGUAUCACAGACUCAGAAUUCGACUCCGUCUCAGAGUGUGGCGGGAAGAAACGUAAAGUGAGAACACAACUGAACAACGAGGUACUGGAUCUGGUCUGCGAGUGGAAGGAGUGCACAUUUCGCAGCAAUCAUUUGGACCAAUUUUUGAGGCAUGUCUCGAGUCACAUACCUAACAUACAGAUAAGUAUAAAAGAUGACAAUGAGGUCUACGUAUGUCAGUGGAAAGAUUGUCCAUAUAACAUCGAUGUAGGCGACGAAAUAAUACGGCAUGUUAAUUAUCAUGCCUAUCACACCAAGUUGAAGUGUAUUGGGUCCAAUGUUCGUGCAAAAAUCAAAUUACCUAAAUGUCAUAGAGAUGCAGAAUGGAAGAAUAUUUUAGAUUCCCCACCUCCACAUUUGUGCAGAUGGGAAGAGUGCCUGAAAUCGUUCACAAAUUACCAAAUGUACUUGUAUCAUGUUACUGUACACUUGACGAAUUACCCACGUAGCAACAAAGUCAAAAAUGGAAUCGAUUGCAAAUGGAUUGGAUGCAAUGGCAAAUAUUUUAGCUGGUACAAAUUACGAGAUCAUCUAAGAUGUCAUACGAAAGAGAAAAUAGUUGCUUGUCCGGAUUGCGGUGUCACGUUUGCCUCAAAUACAAAAUUUCACAUACAUUGCCAGCGACAAAUUCCCUUGGAAGUGCAGGGAUUUCGUUGUUCGCAUUGCAACAAGUUUUAUCCGACCGAAGGAAUCUUGCGCGAUCAUAUGAGAUCCCAUGUAUUCAAUUAUAAAUGUACUCUAUGUGACAUGAGCUGUGAAUCGCCGUCUGGCUUGGCAAAACACGUCAGAUACCGUCACAUGUCAACUAGAACGUAUCCAUGUCAAUUAUGUUCGCAUGCUGCUAAGUCUCAACAGGAUCUUGAUACUCACAUGACUGUCCAUACUAAUGGACCGAAUUUUUCUUGUUACUUUGAAGGAUGUCUUUACACGUGCAAGGGAGCUUACAUCUUGGAUAGGCAUUUAGAACGAGUACAUAGUUUAGCAGUGCGAUGGUAUUGUUGCCACGAAUGCCCGAUUAAAUAUCGGACGAGUUCUAGGUUGACAAAACACCUUGUAGAAGCCCAUCAAUUACAAUUGCCUAGUGGCCACAAACGCUUCCAUUAUACACAGGAAGAAGACGGGUGUUAUAGGAUACAGAAGGUUCGAUACGAGGCUGUGGAUGAAGAAAACAUGGUGCCUGUCGAAGAGGCGGAUUUACCAGAUAAAAAAUUUAAAAUAGAACUCAAUCAAACUACCUCGUUGACAGCAGUAAAAAUAAUCGAGGAUAAUGUGGAAGAAGAAAUGGAAGCUGCACAGGAUUCACAAAAGGAAACUGAGGAGAACGACGCUGACAAGAUUGUACCUGUUAUAUCUAAUAUUUUAAUAUCUAUCGAUGACAUAGAUGAGAAAGGGAAUAUUAUAAAACAGGAGAUCGUCGAGAUACAAGAAAUGAAAGAACUACCAUCGGAAAAACCACUGCUAAUUUUAACAUAGCUUGAUGUUUUUAGAAAGAUAUUCUCUUCGACAUUUUUGUAUUUUUAUAUAAUUACGUAUUUUUUCUAUGAUUUUGCAUUACUGCCAUUACACUCUACAUUUAUUAUUCCAUUUGAUUUGAUACAA